AUGCCAAAACGCAAAAAAUCAGAUGUGGAUGCUUCGCGCAAAGAAUGGGAACCAUUUGUAAAGAUUUUAGAGAAGCCUGACAAAAUGGAUCGACGCUAUCAACGAAAUCUCAAAAAAACAUUCUUCAAUACCUAUUCAAAAGCUUGCGAAGAAAAGCUUUUGGAUGCAGGUCAAGAUCCUCUGUUUUCGGAGAGUGUUACCAGCGGAAAGGGUUCCUUCUUCUAUUGGGCCAUCCUCUGUUUUGGUACCAUAAAAGAACAAAAGUCACGGGCCGUGGUCAGCUUUUGGGAAGAGGCCAGUGAUCGGCAGAAGAAACGUGAGCUCGGCAACACACUGUUUUCUAUGCACUUCGAAGGUUUCUCGGAACUGGAUGAUGAUAAAACUCAAGAUGAUUCGAAUGAUUCGCACGCAAAGGAUGAUGAUAAAACUCAAGAUGAUUCGAAUGAUUCGCACGCAGAGGAUUAUGAUAGUGAGGAAAACACCAAGGAAGAAUAUUAUGCCUAUAUCAUUGAUUUGGAUAAUAUAUCGGAACAAACUAAACCUGCAUUCUGCUCAAUUGACGCCUGGAAAACUAUCAUUUCCUCCUCAAAUAUAUCAACAAGUCUACCUUCUUCUGUGGAUAAACAAAUUGAAUAUUAUUUGAAAGAUAUCAACGAUACUGACGAAGAAAAAUAUACACAUAAAGUCUUUGAUCAUUUUAUUUUCUGUCUUGAAAAUCGACCUGAAUAUUUCGCACAACGACCAACCACUGAGGGAACAUUCCGAGCAAGGUUUAUAGAACCAAUUAUGGAACCAUUUAUUUUUAUAUUCAAGGACCUCAUGGAUUUAAAUUGCUACCGUCGAAACUUUAAUCUAUCAGAAGGAAAAAGACGACGGAUCGGAUCUAAGUCAGAUUGUAUUGGGUCUAUUGUAAAUGCCGAUGACAAAGAACUUCUAAUAUUUGAGUUGUCCGGAGCCCCUACUCGUCUUCCAACCAGACAUCCAGAAGGAGAUAAGGUCAAACUUGAUCGGUGCAUGGUAGAUGUUCUUAACAACCUUCUUGGAGAAUAUAAAACGUGCGAAUUUACACUGGCUAAGGAAUUCAAGGCUAUAAUUGUUGGUUGUGGACUUUAUUGCCGGAAAACAUUGUCCCAAUUCACGUUACCAACCAAAGUACUUGAUUUAUACUAUUUAUAUGAUCUCCUCAGAUCCAUGUUUUGCUUUCGAGACGAGUUAGUCAAGUCAUUGGGUGCUUUGCAAAGACUUAAAGUUGCAAAGGCUCGCAAGCCUGAUCCUAUUGAUCCAGUCAGUCAUUAUAUAUUGCGUUUACCACCUUCAUGA